CCCAGCACUCCCGUGAGGCACUGCGACGCGCGCGCGCUUGGAGGCAGCUCAGAACGCCGGCGGGGGCAUCCUGAGGUAAGGGGGUGUACCCUCCUACACCCAGCUUGAGGCACCGAUAGAAGUCGCUGGGCCCUGGCGCGGGGUGACAGAUACUGCAUCUGCCUUUCACUUAUGCAGCUUCCUGAUGUCAUCUGAUAAGAUUAUUUAUAUUUAAGAUGCAUUUGCCUUGUUUGUGGUCUAAUAUUUGUUUUCUCCCACCCCCCCCCCCAGGAAAACACAUUACAGAUUGUAUUUUUCCCCUUCUUCUAUGGACUUAGUGUAAACAUAUUUUUUUCUGUUUGAACUUAGUUUUUAAAAAUCACUACCAUAGAUUCAUAUCAAAUAUAAAAAACAGGGUGGCUAAACCAUGAGUUGUGGAAAUGAGUUUGUGGAAACACUGAAAAAAAUUGGUUAUCCCAAAGCUGAUAUUCUUAAUGGAGAAGAUUUUGACUGGCUGUUUGAGGAUGCUGAAGACAAGUCAUUUUUGAAAUGGUUUUGUGGGAACACGAAUGGACAGAAUGUAUUGUCUGAAAAGGAGUCGGAAGCUUUCAGCGUUCUUCAGCAAUCAGGCAAGCCCAUCCUAGAAGGAGCAGCAUUGCAUGAAGUUCUUAGAACCUGUAGAACUUUUGAUUUGAAGACACCUAUUGUGGAUGACAAGGAGAUACAGAAAUUAGAGGAUGAGGUCCAAACUCUGCAGAAAUUAAAUAGCUUAAAAAUUCAGCAGCGGAAUAAAUACCAGUUAAUGGCUUCCGAAACUAACUACAAGUCCCUGACAUUAAAUGCUAAACAAGAGGAAGCCAACAAGAAGCUGAAACAGAGGCAAGGAUUCCUAAAUGCUGUGAAUACUAAGCUCAGUAAUGAACUUCAAGUUCUUACUGAUGGGAUUAAUAAUUUGAUGACAUUCUUCAGAAGUUCUAACUCAGGUCAAGGGGCAAAUCCAAUGGUGUUUCUGUCUCAGUUUUCCUUGGGAAAAUACAUAAGCCAGGAAGAGCAGAGCACAGCAGCCUUAACCCUAUACACCAAGAAGCAGUUCUUUCAGGGUGUACAUGAAGUCGUCCAAAGCUCAAAUGAAGAAAAUUUUCAACUCUUAGAUAUACAAACACCAUCUAUUUGUGAUAAUGGAGAAAUUCUCGAGGAUAGACAACUGGAGAUGGCUAGACUGCAGAUUGCAAGCAUCUGUGCUCAACAGCAGAUCAUAUACUUGAAAGCAAGUAAUUUGAGCAUGAAGUCAAGUAUAAAAUGGGCAGAAGAGAAUCUUCAUAGCCUAACCAGCAAGGCUAUUGGCAAAGAAAAUUUGGAUGCUAAACUUUCUAGCUUGAACAGUGAGAUUCUCAAACUUGAAGAACAAAUCACUCAUAUAAAAGACAAAAUUUUGCCUGCUGUGGUAAAAGAGAAUGCCCAGUUAUUGAACAUGCCAGUUGUAAAGGGAGAUUUUGAUCUGCAGAUUGCUAAACAAGAUUAUUAUACAGCAAGACAAAAGUUAGUUUUAAAUCAGUUGAUAAAGCAGAAGGCAUCAUUUGAGCUUGUACAGUUAUCAUAUGAAAUUGAGUUGAGAAGGCAUUGGGAUACAUAUCGGCAACUUGAAAAUUUGGUUCAACAACUUAGUCAAAGAAACAUGGUACUCUGCCAGCGAUUAGCAGUGUUAACAGGUCCAUCGCCAUCUGAGCAGUUAAACGCAAGGAUUCCCAUCGACACUAAGGACUAUUCUACUCAUAGGCUUUAUCAACUUUUAGAAGGAGACAAUAAGAAAAAAGAAUUGUUUAUAACCCAUGACCACCUGGAAGAAGUGGCUGAGAAAUUGAAACAAGAUGUUUCUCUAAUAAGAGAUCAGUUGACAGUAUCUACACAAGAGCAUUUUUCCUUUCUGUCCAAACUAAAUAAUGAUGUGGACAUGCUUUGUGAUGCUUUGUAUCAUGGAGGAAAUAAGCUGUUACUUUGUGAUCAGGAGUUAAUGGAGCACUUUCAUCAAGUUGAAUCUCAGAUGAAUAAAUUAAAUCAUCUCCUUACUGAAAUUCUUGCUGAUGUGAGGACAAAAAGAAAAAUUUUGGCAACUAAUAAAUUGCAUCAAGUGGAAAGAGAAUUAUAUGUAUAUUUCUUUAGAGAUGAACACUAUCUAAAAGAUGUUGUGGAAAAUUUAGAAAACCAGUCAAAGACUUAGGCUUCUGGUCUUAAAGACUGAAG